CAACGGAGCGGUCUUAGACUCGUAUUCUGACUACAAUUAUGAAUAUGGCAACGUCAGGCUAGUUGUCCCCCACAGGAGAGAUAUUUCCUAUGAUAUGUGGGCUACAUGUGGAAACGUUUUUUUUUGUGCAAAAAUUGUGUUAAAAAUAUGCUUUUGUUGAUAAAACGAAGGAAAAUCGAUAAUAAACGUAUUUCUUAAUAGGCUACACGUGAAUCCGGAGAUGUUGUUUUCAAAGUAGGAUUGCGAUCAACUAGUCUUCAUUUCACCCCGGAAGAAUUUGCACGAACCACACAGUCCUAACUUCCUCUUCAAGUGUGGAACGUGUGGUGGACUAGCCAAGGUUUACGUCGCCGUGCGCUAAUCCAACCUGCUCAUCAAUGCCGAAAAAGAAGACCGGUGCCCGCAAGAAGGCGGAAAACCGUAAGGAACGGGAAAAACAGAGUCGAGCCAACCGUGACCAUGUCGACGUGGCGAAGCACCCCUGCAACUCCGCUAUGGAAUGUGACAAGUGUGAAAGACGGCAGAAGAACCGAGCGUUCUGCUACUUCUGUGCGUCUGUGCAGAAGCUCCCCAUGUGUGCCCAGUGUGGUAAAACCAAGUGCAUGAAGUCAUCUGACUGUGUGAUCAAACACCCGGGGCUCCACAGCACCGGCAUGGGCAUGGUGGGGGCGGUGUGUGACUUCUGCGAGGCCUGGGUGUGUCAUGGCAGGAAGUGUCUGAGCAGUCACGCCUGUGUCUGCCCGCUGUCAGAUGCUGACUGCAUCGAGUGUGAACGCUGUGUCUGGGACCACGGAGGCAGGAUAUUCCGCUGCUGUUUCUGUCACAACUUCCUGUGUGAGGACGACCAGUUUGAGCACCAGGCCAGCUGUCAGGUCCUGCAGGCGGAGACCUACAAAUGUGUUUCCUGCAACAGACUUGGCCAGCACUCCUGUCUGCGCUGCAAGGCCUGUUUCUGUGACGACCACGUGAGGAGCAAGGUGUUUAAGCAGGAGAAGGGGAAAAACCUGCCGUGCCCCAAAUGUGGCCACGAGACCCAGGAGACCAAAGACCUCAGCAUGUCUACCCGCUCGCUGAAGUUUGGCCGUCAGAGUGGUGCUGACGAGGAGAGCUAUGGCUACGGAGCCUCCGGCUACGACAGCUACUGGAAGAACAUCUCCAGUGCAGGGCAGGAGCAGGAAGAGGAGGAGGAGGAGGACUACGAUGAAGACGACGAGGAGGAGGAGGAUGAUGAUGAUGAUGAUGAUGAGGAGGAAGAGGAGGAGGAGGUGGUGGAUAAUCUGGCUGGUCUCAAAUUGGAGGGCACCGUGGUAACCGGGGACAGCCACUGAGAAUUAAGCUUCCCCACAGCGCCACCUAGUGAGGGGAGGGAGUUGGGCGGACUUGCGUGUAUUUCUGCGAUACCUUGUCGUACAACAAUGUUCUACUUCACUUAAUUUUUUUUCUCAUCUUCUAAUGUUGAGGUGAACUGGAAAGAGUUGAUAUUGUCUGCAAAGGUAUCCUCCACAUAGCUUACUGCAUUAUGACCGUAGACAGUUGCAUACAAUAUAGCCUAGUUUUACUGCCAGUUUUUAAUUGCCUCAUAAAUGGUUGCUGUAUAUUUAGUUCACAUGCAAGACUUAAAAUAAAGUUAUCAGUAUAUCUGUGGGAUUUAUUUUAAAAUCGAA